UGUGGUAAGAAAAACAUUCAUCGAGGAAUUAAUGAAACAAUGAGGCGAAUUCGUGAACGAUAUAAUUGGUCCGGCUUAACUAAAGACGUUGAGCAUUUCAUCAAAAGUGUGAAAUUUGUCAAAAGACCAAAAUUUGUCGUAAAAACCUCAGUGCCCCUUUUGUAGUAACUGAAACCCCUAAAGCCCCGUUCGAAAGAAUCAACAUUGACAUUUUGGAAAUCCCACCUAAAUGCUACGCUCUCCCAAUCCGAGACGAGCUAACAAAAUUUUCUCAAGCCUAUUCAAUUAGCGACAAAUCUGCAAAAUCUGUAGUAAAUACUCUACUUUUCUAUUUCCAACGUUAUGGUACACCUCUCCGAAUACACUGUGAUUACGGAAAAGAAUUUUACAACGCCCUCAUGAAAGACCUUUGUAGUCUUUAUGACAUUAAAUUAACUUUUUCUAGGUCAGUCAUCCCCAGUCCAAUGGCUCGAUUGAGCGAUUUCACGCCACUUUAUUGGAAAUGAUCAGAUCCCAUGUAUCCGAAAAUCCCGACGAACAUCCCUUCAAUAUUCUUCCCUAUGCUGUUCAGUGCUACAAUAGCACUAGAAAUAAAACUACUGGCUUUACACCAUACGAGCUCGUGUUUGGCCACACCUCUGGUCGUCCGCCCGAACACAUAUAUUUAGAAAAGAAUUGA